AUGGAGACACAAUUCCUCUACCCAUCCCCCUCACCAUCCGCCCUGAAGCUCCACUACAUCGGGAAACAUGUCAAAGACAUUCAAGCACCCGCAGCAAUUCUAGACGCAGCAGUCAUCAGACGAAACUGCAAAUUGAUGCUUGAUACGGUAGAGAAGUUGCAAGUUGGAUUUCGUGCACAUGUAAAGACCCACAAGACGACGGAGCUCACAGAACUGCAAGUCGGAAAGACAAGCAAGUCGGUGAAACUCGUUGCUUCCACCAUAGCAGAAGUCGAGGGUCUGGUUCCUUGGUUACAUGAAUGCGUGAACGCUGGCAAGGACGUCAAUAUUCUCUAUGGACUUCCUGUAUGCCCUUCGGCGAUACCUCGAUUGGCCAUCGUGACGCGACUUCUUGGACCAGGGACCGUUGGCCUCUUUGUUGAUCAUCCGGAUCAUGUCAAAUUGCUCGAGACAAUUGAGGACGCCGUCUGGCCAGGCAAGAUCCCUGUAUUCGUGAACAUUGACACGGGAUACCAUCGAGAGGGCGUGCCUGCAGAGUCGAAGCAAUUGGCUGAUAUUGCUUAUGCUUUGGCGGCUGCCAAGAAAGUGACGUUGAAGGGACUGUACACGCAUAUGGGUAGUUCCUAUGGCGUGUCAAGUCCCGAGGAGGCGUUGAAGGCCAUGUCUGAGGAGCUGCUUGGCUUGCAAGAAGGUGCAGUGUCCUUCUUGAAGAGUGCCGGUGCGGAAUUCAGUCAAGACCCCCAGGCCGGAAAGGUUGUGCUUUCCCUUGGCGCUUCUCCAACCACGACUGCCAUUCAGAAUCUUUUGGAGUCGAACGAUGAGGGAGCACAGCAGUAUCGAGAUUCGAUUGACAAGAUUGGACAAUCAUUUGAAGUCGAGUUCCAUGCGGGAGUCUAUCCGGUUAUGGACAUGCAGCAGCUAGCCACGAGAGCGAGACCCCAGCACUCCGCUAAUGAGCCUGAAAAGAGUCUACUUUCUUUCAAGGAUCUUGGAUUCCGAAUAUUGACGGAAGUGGCCAGUGUGUACACCGACCGUGGCGAGAAGCCUGAAGCCCUCGUUGCUGCAGGUGGUAUCGUCUUUGGUCGAGAAGCUUGCAAGAGCUACCCUGGUUGGGGCGUGGUGACUUCUUGGCCCCAGGAGUCAGGUCAGAUCUACGAUCCGGAAGCUGACAAGACUGGGUGGAUCGUGGGCAGAAUUGCGCAAGAACACGGUAUGCUCACCUGGGAGGGCUCCCGAGACAAGUUUCGAGACGUGAAGGUGGGCGAGAAAUUGCUUGUCUGGCCAAACCACGCUUGCAUAGCCGGUGUAAGCUUCGGUUGGUAUCUUGUGGUUGAUUCGGACAAGGCCGAUGCAGAAAGGGUCGAAGAUGUAUGGGUUCGGUGGCGUGGUUGGUAAGCGCCGUGUGCGGAUGUUGAGGGAUGUUGGUUAUGACUUCAGCUUCAGCCAUGUCAAUCGUCGAUAGUAAUAUGUGCGUGGCUUG